CCGGCGUUUCCAUAGAUACAACGAAAUCAAAGCAACAACAAGAAGCAUAGACAGAAUCACGACAACUAAUUCCUCCAUUUUUAAAAUUUGGCAGUACAGAAGAUGAUCGGAGCAGGUGAAAUGAAUUACAGAGUUAGGGAUUUGGACUUGGGCGGGGACCUAACUGCAAAUUGGGAACCCCAUGUUAGUGUUCAGGGAUUUGGAGAUCGUGACGAAAUUGGUACACAUCAGCAUCCAGCGUGUAAAAAAACGACACGCUGGCACGAGCUAAACGGAGAUCGUGACGGUGAUGACGUCACCCGUUAGAUAAUGAUCGAUUUGACCAAAUCGAUACUUUGGGGGUGUCAUUUGUCCCUGCUUUUUUUGGAGGGGUGGAUCCGUCCCUACCUAUAUUUGUCAGGGGGUGAUUUGAGGGUUCUGCCGUCAAAUUUUUAUGUAUAUUAAUUAAUUAAUUUUUUAACU